CCACCUGCCGUCACACUGAGACUCAGCAGGUUUUGGUAUCACAUUAAAAGUAAAGGAGCGGAAGACUUUCAACCUUGGAGCCGCUGACUCAGAAACCAAACAAUGACAACAAUCACAAGACAUCUUGUUAACCAUCUUCUGACGUUCUCACUCCAGGAUGAUAAUUUCCAGGGUGUAGAGGAAGCCCUAUCUCGUCUCUCCUUUCUGGCUGAACAAAACAAGCUGUGGAGUCAACAGAUGUUCCUAGAUGUUGGAAGAGUAGCUGUUCAGCUCAGAGACAUACAAAGCGAGGAUGAGCUGGAGAACUACAUUUUCAAAAACAUCUACCGCUGUGAUGCCAUUAACACAGAGAAACACUUCCCAUCUCUACUUCUAUUAGUCUGCCAAAGUGUUGAUCAGAAGAAGCCGGACAUUCACUUGUUCAGCUGUGAAACUGUGAGGGCAGAGCAAAUUUGUGCUGACAUCACACAUGCAGUUUCGGCUUCCUCCACCCGAAGCAAGACGGUGCCCGAUGCCCUCAGGGUUCCUCAGAGUGGAGAAGAGAUGCUUGACCCUUAUGGGAUACCAAGCCCCCCCAUCCUACAAGCUCCAAAUGCCCCUCCAGCUAACCCUCCACCAUACCCUGGACCCAGAGCAAACGGAGUAAAAGGCGGGCCUGACAUCUCUUUCCUGCGAGCAGAGAGAGAAGUGGGGAUCCUCAAUCACUGUUUUGAUGACAUCGAGAACUUCAUGGCCAAGCUGCAGCAGGCUGCUGAGGCUGCAACAGUGCUAAACCAGAGAAAGAAGAAGAAGAAGAAAAAUAAAAAGCAAAGUGCAGAAGACGAUUUACUCGCUGCAAAGGCCUGUCCUCCACCAGAGAAGGAAUUCACAGAUAUCUUCCAGAAAUUCAAAUAUAGCUUCAGCCUCUUGGCUCGUCUGAAAUCUACCAUCACCAAUCCUUCAUCAGAGGAGCUUGUACACCAUGUGUUCAAACCCCUGGAUAUGAUGGUGAAAACAACUGGGGGGCCAGCUUUUGGAGCCUCGGUAUCCAGCCCCGCCCUGACCAACUCAGCUGUUACGUUGCUGCAGGACAACCUGAAUGAGGAGGAGAAGCAGCUGUGGACAUCUCUGGGUCCUAACUGGACGCUCCCUCUCUCUCAGCUCAGAGGACCUAUAGCUCCAUACACUCCUGUGUUCCUCGAUGGCUGGAAGCCGGAAGCUGCGAGGGCGGACGGGCAGGUUUGGGAGGAUCCGGUCGAGUCACAGCACAAACAUGAAGCCCUCCAAGUAAAACAAGAGCAGCAGCAGCAGCAGCCUCCUGGCCCUCCAGGCACCCACACCAGCAAUGAAACGGAUAAACUCCCACCAGAGUCUGAGAGAUUCUACAGCUGCAGUUACGGUUUCAUAGCCAGAAAUAGUAGUGAGCUUUCUGUGGAGCAAGGAGAGACUCUUGAGGUGAUUGAAUCGUCCAAGCGCUGGUGGAAAUGUCGUAAUCGCUUCAACCAGAUUGGAUUUGUGCCUUUCAACAUCCUGGAACCCAUUGCUCACAUAGAAAGCCCCGUCACAAACAGACCUCCCAGUGCUCCAGCACAGCCUCCCCUCGCGAAGACAGUCCCACCCAGCCCUCCUGCUCUGCCCCAAGCCCCCUCCCACUCCCCACACCCUCACCUUCGUGGUUUACCAGCAUUCAGCCAAAAUGUGCAAGCUGUAGAUGAAACAGAUAAAGCCAUGAUGGUAAAUGACGAGCUGCUUCAGAGGUUGACUAACGGAAAGACCAAUCUGCACAAACCUCUCGUCAUCCCUCGUUCCUCAGAGACAUCUGUCCCGCUGGAUUACCACUCUUCUCCAGAGGAAGUGGAAGAGUGGCUCAGAGGGAAGGGCUUCAGUGAUCCGACGGUGAAAUGUUUGGGUGUGCUUACGGGUGCGCAGUUGUUCUCCCUCAACAAGGACGAGCUACGAACUGUGAUUCCAGAGGAAGGUGCCAGAGUGUACAGCCAGCUCACAGUGCAGAAAGCACUGCUAGAGGAUGCCAGAAGGGCCACGGAGUUGGAAGCAGUUAUGGAGAAGCAGAAAAUGAAGGUUGAUCUGAAACUGGAGAGCAGCACAUUAUAAGCUGCAGCUUCUACACCACAGAGUUUCAGAUAAUGGAUUGUGUUCCUCUGGUACGAGCAGCCACUGGACUGUUGAAUUUUUAUUUUAAUGUGCCAGAAAACAAACAAGUGACUCGACUAAUAUUAAGCCUAUGAAGGCAUCAUGAGAUCACAGGUUAUCCCAACUGUAAAAAAAAAAAGAAAUGUUUUUAAUGUAAAGAGGUGUUGUACAAAAUAAAUAUUUUAAUGCUU